AUGCCUCGCCGUAGUGCUCCGUCCUCAUCAUCGCCGCCGAGGCCAACACCUAUUCCGGCCAAAUUCUGGCGUGCAUGUGCUGGAAUCUCUGCGCACGCACCAGUAGUGAACUCUAGGGUUUACUACUUUCCACAGGGACACAUCGACCAAGCUGCUUCGCAACCGCUUAACCUUUCACCUCUAGUUUACUCCAGGCCGGUCAUCCCUUGCCGUGUCGCCGCCGUCAACUUUUUCGCGGACCCUAACACCGACGAGGUCUUCCUCAAGAUUCUUCUCCUUCCUGUCACCGAUGGAUCCGCUCAGGAUUUUCUUUCACCUGCCGUCGCCGCCGAAGGCAGCGGCAACGGCAAUGGCGACGAUGAAAAGGUUGAGUCGUACGCCAAGAUUCUCACGCGGUCCGAUGCGAACAAUGGCGGAGGGUUUUCGGUGCCGAGAUUCUGUGCGGACUUGAUCUUCCCGCCGUUGAACUUUGAAGAGGACCCGCCGGUGCAGACGCUUCGCAUAACCGACCUCCACGGCGCCGUUUGGGAGUUUCGCCACAUCUACCGAGGGACGCCGAGACGGCACCUCUUCACUUCUGGCUGGAGCAAGUUCGUUAACAGCAAGAAGAUUAUCUCUGGCGAUACUGUGGUCUUCAUGAAGGACUCCGAUGGCAGGAUGUUUGUCGGAAUCCGUCGCAAUAUGUCACCGGACGACGGUAUCUCAGACAGCGGAUUGGAUUGGUUAUCAAAGAUCGUUGGGAUGGACGAGGGGGAAAAGGAAAAAGAAGAGGAAGAUGAAGAGGUGAUGAUGGAAGGGUUUGCAAGAAACGGGAAGGGGAGGGUGAGUUCGGCUUCAGUGGCGGAGGCGAUGGAGCUGGCGGCUCAGAACAAGCCGUUCGAAGUUGUUUACUAUCCAAGCGUGGGUUGGGGGGAGUUUGUGGUAAAGGCAGAGGAUGUAGACGUGAAGAUGAAUGGUAUUCUCUGCAGUGUUGGGAUGAGAGUGAAGAUGGCUAGAGAGAACUACGAUUCUUCACGGAUGACUUGGUUUCAGGGAACAGUUUCUGGUGUUACUAUUCCCGGUGAAGCUCAACCAUGGAGCGGUUCUCCUUGGCGCAUGCUUCAGAUUACAUGGGAUGAAUCUGAAAUCUUGAAGAAUGUAAGCCCCGUUAGUCCAUGGCAGGUGGAGUUUCUUUCUGGCACACCUUCACUUCCUCAAGUAUUUCCCCCAACAAAAAAGUUCAGAACUGCAGACGGUUCUAAAAUUUUCAGUCAUGAAGUGGAAGAAUCCUCCUUUUCCAUGACAAGACUUGCUAUUCCUGAUUUAGCAAUGGGAGUGCUGAAUCAAACAUUGUUGAUGAGUAGUUAUAGCACCCCUUUUCCUGCUAGCAUUCAGGGAGCCAGGCAUCCUCUACUUUCUGCAUCUACAUGUCCCAUUUUUCCGAUUAAUCCUCCUCUGUCUAUUGCUAACUCCUUUGAGAAUAACAUUAGACCAAGGUUAAAUGCUAUGUUGCCAGAGCCUAAUAUUUACACUCAUAAACCUGAAAGCUUAUCUCCACAUAACAAGUCUAGUUUGACCCCUAACAGCAACUCAACCAAAUCUGGGACUGCUUCUUUUCAGCUAUUUGGUUGUACUAUUCAAACAGAUCAAGCUUCUGAUGAAAUUGAUGACCAUAGCACCGCUAAAAAUGACGCAGGAGAAGACAACGAGUCCUACACACAUAGACUAAAGGCCGCUACUCAACAGUCCCAGCAAAGUAGGGAGGACGCCACCAAUGGCUCUGUAGCUUCAGUUGUUGAUUCCGAUGCGGAUUGGCGUGAGACCGCCUCAGCGCCGUACAAGAACUACAUAUACAAGAUGGGGUUGUUCUUCGUACAGGAGCUCCAACGCAGCCUUCAGCAGCAGGCUCAGGAGUUUAACAAUUAUCGGGAGAGGUAUCAGGAGAUCCUCACCUGCGUGACGUCUACGGAUGAGCUUAGGCUGGAGUGGAGGGAGUUGCUGGACUGGAUGCAGCGUAUGGAGGCUCAAAUCGAGGUGUACAAAGCCCAGAUGCGCGCCGCUGGCAUCGACCUUGCUGGUGGCAUACGAACAUCACCGCCUUCUACGCCGCCGACUUAA